AUGAGUUCAGGCUCCGUGCCAACUCGCGACCCUCACUCACAAGAGUGGUGGGAGCAUGUCCUGCCUCCUGGUCAGCUUGCGGAGCGACUUCGCAAGGCGCAACGCUCCUCGAGCAGCUCUCGUCGACGCAACAACCCGGCUCUUGCCAAUGCCACGCCUUCGGAGCGAAGCGCUUGGAAGAGGCUGUCUGGACUGCCUACCGAGAAGCGUCAGCACACUCAAUCCGAAUCAUCGACCGCCACAUCGAGCAGGAGAUCUUCUUUCCAAGCUGGCUCGGCAGCCACUCUGCCUCGCUCAGCAUUGAAGUCGAGUCAUCGCUCUCGCGACCUGGCGUCUUCCACUUGCGGAACAGUGAGUCAAUCGGAAUCCAGCGCCGAAGUGUCCAGUGACGAAUUUGGCGGCACCUCGACCGGUCAACACACCCCACAGAACCACAUUCGUUUCGCUUUUCCAACUGGCGAGGAAUGUGGCUCAACGCUGAGGAGAUCUGGUGUCAAAACCAUGGGUAACAGUCCCGAGAUGGUCUCGUCGACGAGCUGGUCCGGUUUCCAAAACACAGAAGCAUUCGAACCAAGUCACAGCUUCUCUCGCAGCAUGAGCGGUCGGAGGAUGCGCGUCAUGAGCGAAGACGGCAUGGCGUCUACCAUCUUUGCAUCUACGCACUCGUCAUCCUUCGCCGCGUCGUCUGCUUACCGUCUUCCAGUUUCGCAGUCGGCAAUGCAUCUCGGUCAGCUAGCCGGCUCCAACCCUGGGGACUCGGCCAGCUGGACAAGCAUCGCCAACGAUCAAAACAGGACAAGGUUGGCACAACCUUACGUCUCAGAUACACCAGACCUCAGCUCGGACGACGGAGCAGACUCGAUGAAGUUUAGUACCACUACAACGCAGCGAGUACGGAAGACCAGCACCACUAGAACAACCGUGAGGACUUCGACGUCGUCGUCCUCGAACAAGGCUCCGUCGCCACCGACGAUCCUCCGUUCGCACUUCGACCGACCGGAUCAACCGCCUUGCUUCAUCGGCUCGGAUGCCACGGAUGGCUACACCAGCCCGGCCAAUCGUCGCGAUCGACACGUCAGCUUUGAUCAAGCUUCUGAGCUGCCUCGCCGAGCCAGCGUUCACGAUGACACCGAGCCGUUGACUUCGAGCCAAUCGGCGUUCAGCUUCGAUACCAGCAGCCCCUUCGACUCGCUGCCGCAUCGAUCCAACAGCACGCGACGAGCGCGUCAAGGAGUUCGCACCACUGGACGUCGUACCACCAGCUUUUCGCUCCCCAGCAGCCGACGCGGCUCGAUCCGCGGAGAUUCGCCGCUCCAGCAUGGCGCCGCAUCGUCAACCUCUGCUGCUUCCUCGUCCAGUCACCACCGACGGGCGAGCUCCAUUCCCGACGCGGUGCUUCUCGAAAGCCUUCAAGUCGCCCACAAGCAGCUAGCUUCCGCAGGCAAUCUCGCGCUGACACUGACUCGUCAGCUGUCAGCUCCUCUACGACCGGUGUUCCACAUGACGCUGUUCUUGAGCAUCUCGAGCAUCACAUUGCUGUCGCUAGCCGCCUUCUUGUGUGCCAGCUAUAUGCUGACUGCAUGGGACGACGUGAGUACGCGGACGCAAAAGGUUGGCGCUGCGGCUGGAAGGACAAAGCAGAGGCUCGAAAAGACAUUGGAUUGGAUGCUGGGCCCUGGUCAAGUGUCGACUGACAGCAAGGGAAACGAGACAACGUCCAAACCACGUUCUCCACGCGAGGCUUCCUCCACCGCCUCUUCAAAAGCAUACGAAUCAGAAAGACGAGGACCAGUGCUCGCGGCUGGUCACGCAUUCCUCUGGCCCGCACGAAUGGCUUUCUCCGCCACCACCACCAUUGCACACACCAUCACGCCUCCUUCCAUUACCAAGAUUUUUGCCGAAUCCGAGCCGAAACCUAGAGCCAGUUCAAGCCUGCCCCCUCGUCCACCACUAUCGACGUUGUUGCCAUCGAUCCUAUUCACGCUGUUGCUGGCGAUGGGUGCAGGAUUGACGAGUUUCUGGGCGAGUCGAAAGCAAGCCGCUGGACGAGACAUGCCUGGUGCUAGCGGAGGAGCGCAGCCGUACAACGUGGAUUCGCGGAUGAGCUCUCCCGGUAUGCAGUAUGCGGGGUUGGCCGCGGAUGCACAGGCUUCACCGUUUGCGGGGAGAGGGUUCCAGUCGGCGAGGAUGAAUGUGCAGGAUGGGGAGCGGAAGGCUGCGAUCCAAAUCCAGGAGUGGUUGGAGCAGCACCUGCGCCACCAAACCCGAACCCACUCUGCGGUGCAGGCGCACCGAAUUGAAACGGCGCCGGAGAACCCGCCGGCGCAGCGGAGCCGAACUGGAACGGCGAUCCACCCGGAGUCGUAG